AUGGCAGCCCCGGCCCCUUUGACCGAUGAUGUCCAAUGGCCCGAUCUGGAAUGUCUUCGAAGCGAAAUUCAGCAGAAGGAGAGCGAGCUCCUUGCUCUGAAACGCCGCUUGCAGGCGAUAUCCCAGCCAAGCACUCCCCAGCAGGAGCGAAGACCUUCGCAAUCCGAUGAGUUCGAGAAGCCUCUCUCGGUAGUUAUCCCGAUGGGAGGUCUGGGUACUGAGUUUGCCGAAGCGGGCUUUCGAAUGCCCAAGCCAUUGGUCAACAUUGUAGGACGGCCGGUCUUGUUAUGGGUAUUGGAUCAUCUGAGCCUUCGCCCAACUGAUUCCGUCUUUUUGGCCGUUCCCGUGGCGAUCAUGCGGCAGUUCGACCUUGAAAGAAUCGUGCGACGCCUGCUUCCUCACGUUGACUUCAAGAUUGUGGUCUUGCCUUUUGAAACCCGCGGAUGGCUAGAAACCGUCUUGUCCGUCACCAGGCAGAUGUCUGCCAAAGAGAGCAGGAACUGCCUUGUUACCUUAGAUUGCUCCACAAUCUAUCACGGCGUGGACGUCUUGCACUUAUGCCGAGUUUCGGAAGGACAUGCUUCAGUGUAUAUUGAUUUGGACAAGGCCCCGGUGUCUGGGACGUCCGCGCAGCGUGCGACGUUUUCAUUCAUCAAGCUCAACGAAGAUGGAAAGAUCUCAGAGGUGAAGGAGAAGUCUGUGAUUUCCUCACAGGCGAAUUGCGGCACGUACAUCUUUGUCAGCGCGGCGGAGUUUCGUUCGCAGGCUGAGGCCUUGCUCGAGCAUCCCGAGGAGGCGGCAAAAGGUGGUCUCUAUGCCUCAAGCCUUAUGACAUGGAUGAUCGGGCAUGGUGCAGAAUUCCGGGGCAUCCCAAUUCUUUACAAUGAUGUGGCAAUGGUGUCAACUCUUGCACAACUACAAGCCUUCAUUCGGAAGGUUUCCUGCGGCCAGGUGCCGAUGGCCCGGAAGAUGCGCUUCUGCUUCGACCUGGAUGGGACAUUGGUGUCUCAUCCCCCGGACAAGACCACACGAUGCCAGCUGUUGGUGUCAGCUGUAGAAUUGGUGCGCCAACUACAUUCGGCAGGCCAUACCAUCAUCAUCACCACAUCCCGGGGAAUGCCGCACGGUGGAGGUGUUGAUCGAGCGGUUGCAGAGCAGGGCUUGGAAACCUUCAAGUUGUUGGAGGAGUUCGCAAUACCAUACGACGAGCUGCACUUUGGCAAGCCUCAUGCCGACGUCUACGUCGACGCACAUGCCAUCAACUCACAAGGAGACCUCAAUCGUGACCUUGGCUGGUAUGUGGGCUCUGGAGAAAGUGGGCAAGGUGGGCUUGAUGGUGCCAUUGAUGCACGCUCUUUCAACAUGGUGCGUUCAGCCGGGCAGUCACAUGUCAUCAAGUCUUCAAAGGUGGAUGUCCUGAAGGGCGAAUGUCAUUGGUACCGGUCUAUUCCUUCAGGCCUUGCCCGCUACUUCCCGCAGCUGAUAGAAAUCGAAGAAGGCGAUGCAUCUAGCAGCGAUGCUGUGUCAAGCAUUACAAUGGCCAGAGUUCUUGGGGUGACUUUCUCUCAUCUGGUGACCGCUAGGUUGCUUCUACCAGAGGGGAUCCGGCGAUUGGUGCGAGCACUGCAUGCCAUCCACACAGAGAAGCCCGAAGAGGGCUCCCAGUUAUCCAAAGAGCGGAAAGCCGGAAAUGCCGAUCUUUGUGCCAACUACGGCUCCAAGGUGAAGAAGAGAGCCAUGGAACACCUCAGCUUAUAUGAUUCUCUGGCAGAGGAGCUGGGCAUAAACGUCCGGAGGAUGGCGGACGUUUUGGUCGGUUUUCUUGAGGACUUCGAGGCGUCACACAAAGCCCAGCAUGCAUUUUACAUCCAUGGCGACCCGGUCUUCUCCAACAUACUGAGGACCAACGACGAUAGGAUCCUUAUGAUUGACAUGCGUGGACAACUGGGAAAGUGGAUAACUACACAAGGGGAUGUCCAUUAUGACCUGAGCAAGGUUUUCCAGAGCCUGUGUGGCUACGACUUCAUGCUACUAGACCAAGUUCUGGAUGAGUCUGCUUCUGAGACUUUCGAUGCCUUGAGGGCUGCAUAUUGGGAAGAGGUCAGGCAAAGAUACCCUGACGUUUCACAUAGACAAGUUCGGCUUCUGACAGCGGCGCACUUCUUUACGAUUGUGCCACUGCACGAGGCCCAGGACGAGUCAUUGCAAGGACGGAAGAAAAAGUCUGCGUUUUCGGGCAAGGCACCUAGCCUCUGGGAUGGCAACGCAGCAGAGAUCGAUCGUGAGGCUCUUGGCAGAUAUCGCUUGCGCUUCCCGGAAGCGCCACCCGCCGGAUUUCACUGGAAGAAUGCAAUGGAGACUCAGUAA